AUGCUUCCCAUAGAACUCUGGCGAGAGAUUCUCUCUCUCGCCUAUCCAUCGAUGCCAGACGAGACGACCUGUGACGACCCAAUCGACUUCUUUGACACUCUACCCGCCGUUGUCAAGGACAACGGUGCACCAGAAUACUUUAGCAAACAUCGAGCAAACCUCCGACUCGUUUGCAGAUUUUUCGAGCCUAUUGCACGCGAUCUCUUGUUCACCGAACUCGAAAUCACAACAAAGGACAGAGGAGAAGAGAAAUAUUUGGAAGCUUUAAGCUCUCUGGCAAAGAAUGGAAGACACCUUGGGGGCUCGCGAAGAUAG